AUGCAGGCCUAUUGCCCCUUCUCAGCUCUGGAACCCUACCCCGCCUUGACCGGAACGCAAUUCACCUUCACUACUUUCCGUGCUCCCCAAAUCGUGAUCCUGAACCCGUUUGCGACGGAGCACGCCGAUUCCGUGAAGAUCGUCAAGGAACCCUCCGAGCUCUGGCCUUGUCUCCAGUUCUCCACACCCAUCACCGAAGUCUCCGCCUUCAUGGGCCCGAUAUCCGAUCGCCGAUUCAUAGCUAUACGGAGUCCAGUCGGGACUAACCACGUCGUGUUCGCUGAGGCCACAGCUGCGCUUGUGCUCGACUAUGCCGGGUCGCACAGAGAUCUCCUGCAGAAGCAUGAAAAGCAUAUUGAUGUAGCAGAGUUGAUGAACCUUGCACUUAAAUUGGAAGAGAUUAGAUCCGAAUUGAAGCUAGAGCUGGCUCUUCAAGGAGGCUUGGCCGCAAUAAGGGAUCUACGUAACAAUGGGACAUGA